AAGAGGUGGGCAGAGGGCGCGAGAGGUUGUGGUCGUUGCGUUUCGCCGGCCCGGAGGGGGAACUGCGCGCUUGAGUUGACCAGGGACUGAGCAUUUCAGAUCUGCUUGGUAAACCUGGUGCACCACCAUGCUGGCCGCAAGACUUGUGUGUCUCCGGACACUACCUUCCAGGGUUUUCCACCCAGCUCUCACCAAGGCCUCCCCUGUUGUGAAGAAUUCCAUCACGAAAAAUCAGUGGCUCUUACCACCCAGCAGGGAAUAUGCCACCAAGACAAGACUUGGAAUUCGUCGUGGGAAAACUAGCCAAGAACUCAAGGAGGCAGCUUUGGAGCCAUCACUGGAAAAAAUAUUUAAAACUGAUCAGAUGGGAAGAUGGUUUAUUGCUGGAGGGGCUGCUGUUGGUCUUGGAGCUUUGUGCUACUAUGGCUUGGGAAUGUCUAAUGAGAUUGGAGCUCUUGAAAAAGCCGUAAUUUGGCCUCAGUAUGUGAAGGAUAGAAUUCAUACCACCUAUAUGUACUUAGCAGGAAGUAUCGGCAUAACAGCUUUGUCUGCCCUGGCAGUGAAUAGAACUCCUGCCCUCAUGAACUUCAUGAUGAGAGGCUCUUGGGUGACAAUUGGUGCAACCUUUGCAGCCAUGAUUGGAGCUGGAAUGCUGGUCCAGUCGAUAUCAUAUGACCAGAGCCCAGGCCCAAAGCAUCUUGCUUGGUUACUACAUUCUGGUGUGAUGGGUGCAGUGGUGGCUCCUCUGACGAUAUUAGGGGGGCCUCUUCUCAUCAGAGCCGCAUGGUACACAGCUGGUGUUGUGGGAGGCCUCUCCACUGUGGCCAUGUGUGCACCCAGUGAGAAGUUUUUGAACAUGGGAGCACCCCUGGGCGUGGGCCUGGGUGUCGUCUUUGUGUCCUCACUAGGAUCUAUGUUUCUUCCACCUACCACUGUGGCUGGCGCCACGCUGUACUCGGUAGCAAUUUAUGGUGGAUUAGUUCUUUUCAGCAUGUUUCUUCUGUAUGAUACACAGAAAGUAAUCAAGCGUGCAGAAGUAGUACCAGUGUAUGGAGUUCAAAAAUAUGAUCCCAUCAAUUCGAUGCUGGGAAUCUACAUGGAUACAUUAAACAUAUUUAUGCGAAUUGCCAGUAUUCUAGCAACUGGAGGCAACAGAAAGAAAUGAAGUGACUCAGCUUCUGACUUCCUUAACACAUCUGGCUUGUUUAAUAGGGGCAGAUAUUCUUUAAAUAGUUUGUGCAAGCAGCUUUCGUUGAAGUUUAGAAGAUAACUUGUCAGCAUGUUUCAGGUGUUCCAGUAAUGUGAUGCUUCAGGUCUGCUUUUUCUUCUGGAGAAUAAAUUCAGUAGUUCUCUUCCAAA